AUGGCCGACAAGUUCCCCUCUGUUGAGGACCUCGACUCUGAUGCCUCCGCUGACAACAACAUCGACACUGGAAUGACCGACGAACCCUCAGACUUCCUGGCUCGUGAGCGCGCUCUCCUUGGUGACGAUGCCGACCAGUUCGCAACUCCUACCGACAAUGCUGCAAUCCCCGACGAUGAUGAUCUUCUCGGUGGUGGAGCCGAGUCCCACCAGGCCCCUGCCGACCACGAGAUGGGUGGCUUUGAGUCCAGCUUCCCUGCUAUUGACACAUCAAACGAGGGCGUAGCUCCCGGCGGCACAAUCACCGGCUCCACACUACCAUACCAACCCAAACAAGCCUCAUACGAAGACGAGUCCGAACCCGACGUCAUCCGCGAAUGGCGCGAGCGCAGAGACAUGGCCAUUCAACACAGAGACGAGGUCUCCCAAACCAAANAGGAAGAGACCGUCAAAGCCGCCCACCAAGCCAUCGACGACUUCUACGAGAACUACAACAACAAGAAGGACAAGACCGUUGCCCAGACCCGCAAGGAAGCAGAUGAGUUCCUCAAGUCUAGAGAAGACACCACCGCUGGAGGCACCAGCUGGGACAGAGUCUCCAAGCUUGUCGAUCUCAGUGGAAAGGGUACUUCAGGCGGUGCUCAGGGUUCGGCAAAGUCCAAGUUUAGAGAGUUGUUGCUUAACCUUCGCAAGGAUGAGAAUGCUCCCGGCGCCAGUGGUUACUAA